CGCGACCCCGGCGCGGGUGGGGCGAAUGCGUUCCCAGCGGGUAGCCUGGGUCUGGGGCAGAGUUCCAAGCCCACGGCCCCGGUCGCGGCCUCGCCGCCCUCCCGCGCCCCGCGCCGGGAGCGGGCCUAGAACGCUCGCCUAGCCCCUCCGCGAGCAGGGCUCUGGCGCCCGCCCCUGUCCGCACAGCUGGCAGCCUGAAGAGAGUCGCUGGCCGUGGUCGCCGCUAGGUAGGAUAUAUCUGCAUUUUGAAAGGAAGAUAAAACAAAAGCCUUCUUUGGAAUAGAUGGAUUUUUGUCACUUUCUGUAUGAACUAAAGCGAUUCAAUGUCUCUUUUGGAAGCCAUUAGAAACUCUGCAGAGGAAUCAGUUGUACAGCUAUCUUGACAUUGUUAGCAUCUAUUCUUCAGGGAUUGUUUCUGCACUUCAAGAACACAAGUUGAAUCACUCAGACCUGAAAAACAGUCUGAAACCAGUAUCCAUCAAUACUUGUUCUUGUACCUCCGUGUAGCUCAACUACUGUCAAUGGUGGUCGUCCAACCUCCAAAUAUAUCAGUGGAGAGAGGAUAAUGGAAAGACGCAGCUUGAUGCCUGAACUACACUUGGAUGGCACCGGUUGAUGAGCCAACCCUUUCCUGGUCACCUCCAUCCACUAGAGCAAGCGAAGUAGUAUGUUCCACCAACGUUUCUCACUACGAGCUCCAAGUAGAAAUAGGAAGAGGAUUUGACAACUUGACUUCUGUCCAUCUUGCACGGCAUACUCCCACGGGAACACUGGUAACUAUAAAAAUUACAAAUCUGGAAAACUGCAAUGAAGAACGCCUGAAAGCUUUACAGAAAGCCGUGAUUCUCUCCCACUUUUUCCGGCAUCCCAAUAUUACAACUUAUUGGACAGUUUUCACUGUUGGCAGCUGGCUUUGGGUUAUUUCUCCAUUUAUGGCCUAUGGUUCAGCAAGUCAGCUCUUGAGGACCUAUUUUCCUGAGGGAAUGAGUGAAACUUUAAUAAGAAACAUUCUCUUUGGAGCAGUGAGAGGGUUGAACUAUCUGCACCAAAAUGGCUGUAUUCACAGGAGUAUUAAAGCCAGCCAUAUCCUCAUUUCUGGUGAUGGCCUAGUGACCCUCUCUGGCCUGUCCCAUCUGCAUAGUUUGGUUAAGCAUGGACAGAGGCAUACAGCUGUGUAUGAUUUCCCACAGUUCAGCACAUCAGUGCAGCCGUGGCUGAGUCCAGAACUACUGAGACAGGAUUUACAUGGGUAUAAUGUGAAGUCAGAUAUUUACAGUGUUGGGAUUACAGCAUGUGAAUUAGCCAGUGGGCAGGUGCCUUUCCAGGACAUGCAUAGAACUCAGAUGCUGUUACAGAAACUGAAAGGUCCUCCUUACAGCCCAUUGGAUAUCAGUAUUUUCCCUCAAUCAGAAUCCAGAAUGAAAAACUCCCGGUCAGGUGUAGACUCUGGGAUUGGAGAAAGCGUGCUUGUCUCCAGUGGAACUCACACAGUAAAUAGUGACCGAUUACACACACCAUCCUCAAAAACCUUCUCUCCUGCCUUCUUUAGCUUGGUACAGCUCUGUUUGCAACAAGAUCCUGAGAAAAGGCCAUCAGCAAGCAGUUUAUUGUCCCAUGUUUUCUUCAAACAGAUGAAAGAAGAAAGCCAUGAUUCAAUACUUUCACUGUUGCCUCCUGCUUAUAACAAGCCAUCAAUAUCAUUGCCUCCAGUGUUACCUUGGACUGAGCCAGAAUGUGAUUUUCCUGAUGAAAAAGACUCAUACUGGGAAUUCUAGGGCUGCCAAAUCAUUUUAUGUCCUAUAUACUUGACACUUUCUCCUUGCUGCUUUUUCUUCUGUAUUGCUAGGUACAAAUACCAGAAUUAUACUUGAAAAUACAGUUGGUGCACUGGAGAAUCUAUUAUUUAAAACCACUCUGUUCAAAGGGGCAUCAGUUUGUAGUCCCUCUGGUUCCCACAGAGUACUAUGACAACUCCAAGGAAACAUCAGAAUUACUAAUCUAGCGAGUGUCAUUUAUUCUGGAAUUUUUUUCUAAGCUGUGACUAACUCUUUUUCUCUCUCAAUAUAAUUUUUGAGCCAGUUAAUUUUUUUCAGUAUUUUGCUGUCCCUUGGGAAUGGGCCCUCAGAGGACAGUGCUUCCAAGUAUAUCUUCUUCUCCCAGAUUCUCUGGCCUUUUUAAUGAGCUAUUGUUAAACCAAUGGGCUGGUUUAUCUUACAUCAGACCCUUUUCUGGUAGAGGGAAAAUGUUUGUACUUUCCCUUUUUCUUCUGUUAAUACUUAUGGUAACAUCUAACUGAACCUCACUGACAUUAAAUGAUUCACUUGAAAUAUAUACAGAAAUUGUAAUUUGCUUUUUUUUUUAAAAAAAGGGGGCUAAAGUAACACUUUCCUACUUAUGUAAAUUAUAGAUCCUAAAUUCAUGCACCCCGUGGGAGCUCAAUAAAGAUUUACUGAAUUGA